AUGGCUGAGGUUCACAUCAUCGGCCAGAUUAUCAGUGCCUCAAACUUUCCCGAGAAGAGUCUCUUUUGUAACUGGGGAAUUAGUGCAGGUAGUGCCUGGCGACUCCUUUCCGGCCCAUCAGAGGGACAAACGCAGGUCGAUAAUCCCAGUUUUGGCGAAAAGGCCUACUUCUGUCAUCCUUUUGACCUGCACUUUGCCACAAAAGGAAUUCAAGGUUGGCCGAAAUUCUAUUUUCAAGUCUGGCAUCAUGACUGGUUGGGGCGAAACGAACUGUUUGGGUAUGGGUUCUGUCAUGUGCCGUCUACUGCUGGCAGUCAUGAGCUGGAAGUAGUGACCUGGAGACCAUGUGGUUCAUUUUCGGAACAAUUCAAAUCCCAACUGGUUGGCGGUGCUGCUCAUUUGUGCAAUCUGGACCUUGUUUUCAACCAACAGAACCGCUACAUGUUGCAGACGGAGAGCAUGGGAAAGUUGCAGCUGGUUUGUAACAUAAUAACGAGGAAUUUUGAGAAGUUUGGUGUGGAGAUGUAA